AUGUAUGUGAAAUGGUUUGAUACAGUAAUGUAAUACUAUCAGAUUUUAGUGUAUUGAGUGAAUGUCAAAUUUUUAUAUUUUUUAAAUUCCCGCCGGUUCCACUACCCGUAUGUAAUGACGCUCGCAGGAAACGGAACCCGGAAGACGGAUGCCGGCAUCGGCCAGAGGACAUGGCUGGGGACACUGCAGGCGGGACAUCGCAGGACCGCAGGAAAAGGUAAGUGAAGAACACAUGCCGGAGCAGCGCCGCAUGGUAUUCCCGAGUGUAGCUCGGGGUUACCGCUCUUGGUACUGAAAUGUUACCCCGAGCUACACUCGGGAAUACCGCCAGGGAGGUUAAU